GUAGCGGCUGAGGGCUGGCAGCCUUGGGAGGCUUCCCUGCAAAGCUUGGAGGUCUGCUGGCUGCACACUGGACCUGAAGGACCCACAGACUCGCCGCGCUGUGCACACGUCUUAACUGGCACGUACCCUGAGUAGCAUUAAGAGAGAGAUGAAUUCAAGUCCUGGCUGGUCACCAACUUCCUAAAUGCCCACAGCUGGACACAUCCUCAUUCUGACUCUGGCUUGAAGGAGCGGAAACAACGGGUUAUCAGGAUGCCUCCUGUUCUGAGGUUGGAGUUUGGGGUCUCCAUCUCCACAAGAUGGUUGAACAGUCUGGCUGGAACCCUGUCUUCUGCUCGCCCUAACUCAUUCCUGCUUGAGCCGUAGGUGUGGUCCUCUGACUACAUGUGUCUGCUUUCCAAUUGUCCACACCCCCGAAUAUCUACACACCAAAGAGGAUUUCUCUCCCGUAGCAAUUCCAGUACGAACUGCAGGGUCAGACCCUGUGUUCCCAGCCCAGAAUCAGCCAUGGGGGCCCAUGCCAUUGUCACUGACACCAGCAUCUUAUCUGGCCUCGAGAGCAACACCACGGGCAUCACGGCCUUCUCCAUGCCUGCCUGGCAGCUGGCACUGUGGGCCACAGCCUACCUGGCCCUGGUGCUGGUGGCUGUCACUGGCAACGCCACGGUCAUCUGGAUCAUUCUGGCCCAUGAGAGAAUGCGCACGGUCACCAACUACUUCAUCAUCAACCUGGCCCUGGCAGACCUCUGCAUGGCAGCCUUCAACGCCACCUUCAACUUCGUCUAUGCCAGUCACAACAUCUGGUACUUCGGUCGCGCCUUCUGCUAUUUCCAGAACCUCUUUCCCAUCACAGCCAUAUUCGUCAGCAUCUACUCCAUGACUGCCAUCGCCGCUGACAGGUACAUGGCCAUCGUCCACCCCUUCCAGCCGCGGCUCUCAGCCCCCAGCACCAAGGCGGUUAUCGCUGGCAUCUGGCUGGUAGCCCUGGCUCUCGCCUCUCCCCAGUGCUUCUACUCCACCAUCACUGUGGACCAGGGGGCCACCAAGUGUGUGGUGGCCUGGCCCAAUGACAACGGAGACAAGAUGCUUCUUCUGUAUCAUUUGGUGGUGUUUGUCCUCAUCUACUUCCUACCCCUCGUGGUAAUGUUCGUGGCUUACAGCGUCAUCGGCCUCACACUGUGGAAACGCGCGGUCCCCAGACACCAGGCUCACGGCGCCAACCUGCGCCAUCUGCAGGCCAAGAAGAAGUUUGUGAAGGCCAUGGUACUGGUGGUGCUGACAUUUGCCAUCUGCUGGCUGCCCUACCACCUCUACUUCAUCCUGGGCAGCUUCCAAAAGGACAUCUACUACCGCAAGUUCAUCCAGCAUGUCUACCUGGCCCUCUUCUGGCUAGCCAUGAGCUCCACCAUGUACAAUCCCAUCAUUUACUGCUGCCUCAACCACAGGUUUCGCUCUGGAUUCAGACUUGCUUUCCGGUGCUGCCCCUGGGUGACACCGACGGAGGAAGACCGACUGGAGCUGACUCACACGCCAUCGCUGUCAAGGAGAGUCAACAGGUGUCACACGAAAGAGACCUUGUUCAUGACUGCUGACAUGACCCACUCCGAGGCUACCAACGGGCAGGUUGGGAGUCCCCAUGCAGGGGAAACUGCUGGACUCUGAGGUCUUGAGCCUGUCUGCAGGGCCAGGCUUAGCCCCUUUGAGAAGCAGGUGAUAGAAAAAACCCCAGUGUCAUAGCUUGUCCGACACUCUAUUCUUCAACACACUAAUAGAAAAACAAGAUGGUGCCUGGACCUCCACAGGCAACGCUAAUACAAAGAUCUCAGAGCUCACACACCCACCUUAAGCAUUCCAGGGUUGGAGGAAGGAGCCAAGAAGACUGGGAGCCAACAUUUGACCAAUCUGGGAGCUGCAAAGUGAAAUUUUUCCCUGGAGUAUAAA